AUGAUGCGGGGACGAGUUGCGUCAACAAGAAGAAGACGGGCACAUAGCACGACUUGCGCACCACAAAAGCUUGCUACGAAGGUCGACAAUACAGAGAAACAACAUCGACAGCAUAAAAAAUCCGUUCAGUGGUCAUCGGAUAUUCCAAAUGAGUUUUCCAAAUCUCCUUUAAGAAAAUGUAACUCCGACAGCUUGUUCGAAUGUGACAAAGCGCUAAAGAAGCUGAACAAGGUUUCAAGUUUAUUGGAGAGAUCAGCAACGCUAGAGAAGGAUUUUGAAGAAAAUCUACAUAGCAUUCAACAGAAGCUUAAGACUGAACUUAACUUGAAAAGCGAGAAUGGACGUUAA